UCUUGAACGCUGGCUCCUGACAACCCGCCAGCCCUCUUAAAGAGAGAAUCCGUCCAUAAAACCGACAUGGGUACCAGGAGCCGGACUGUAGAGGUUGGAGACGCCGCGGCCAAUUUCACAGCAGCCCACCUCAGGCUCGAGCUCCUGAACGCCUCGAGCGCUCCGAUCCGGUGGGACAGCAGCACGAGCCCGCCAGCUGAGGGGACCGGGCUGCACGAGCAGGAGAGGCUCAUCCGAGAGCAAGCGUACCGGGACUUCACCACCACAAUCCAGGUCCUCAUCCUCAUUAGUUCGCUACUGGGAAACGCCACGGUGUUGUGGUGCACCUGCUGCACAAACGUCUUUAAGUCCGUCACCAACCGAUUCAUCAAGAACCUGGCGUGCUCGGGUAUUUGCGCUGGCCUGGUGUGUGUCCCCUUUGACGUUGCACUGGGAGCCAGCCCCCGCUGCUGCUGGUGGCUUCACACUCUGAUGUUCUGCAAGACCAUCAAGUUCCUCCACAAACUCUUCUGCUCCGUCACUGUGCUCAGCUUCAGCGCCAUCGCACUCGACAGGUACUACUCUGUGCUGUAUCCAUUAGAGAGGAAAAUCUCAGACGCAAGAUCCCGAGAUCUCGUCAUCUAUAUCUGGGUCCAUGCGGCAGUGGUGAGCCUUCCGGUGUUUGCUGUGACCAAUGUGACAGACGUUUACGUCACUUCGUCCUGCUCGGACGACCACGCCCGCUCUCUGGGCCACAUGGUGUACGUGCUGAUCUACAACGUCACCACGGUGAUCCUUCCUCUCGCCUUGGUCUUCCUCUUCAUGCUGCUGAUCCGCAGAGCGCUCAGUGCCAGUCAGAAGAAGAAGGUGAUCAUUGCAGCGCUGCGGACUCCUCAGAACAGUAUCUCCAUCCCGUAUGUGUCGCAGAGAGAGGCAGAGCUGCACGCCACUCUUCUGGCUGUAGUGUUAGCGUUCUCUGCCUGCAGCGCCCCCUAUGGAGCCUUGGUGGUUUAUCGCACCAUUUUGGCAGACCCCAAAGAGCUCCCCAUUUCUCUGUUUCUCACAGCUCUCUGGCUGCCCAAAGUCUCCCUCCUCACAAACCCACUUUUGUUCCUGACUGUGAACCGCUCAGCGCGUCACAGCUGUCUGGACCUGCUGGCCAGGAUUCACAGACGAUACAGCCGCCGGAAUGUGGUAAGCAGCGGGGGUUUGGCCUCUUUAGGAGCGGAGGGUGUAAUUGGGGAGCCGGUGGGACUAGAAACAGCCGGGAGAUCAGGGAGCCAGCUCCUGGAGAUGUUUAACAUCGGCCAGCAACAGAUCUUCAGACCCUCUGAAGAGGAGGAAGAAGAAGAAGUAGAGAAUAACAUCCCUUCUCAAGGACCAGGAGGGUGCUCUGUCCCCAAAGAGGACCAGAAGGCUGGCUCCAGACUGGGCAGCCUCAGAGGUGAGGUGAUCACCAAAAAGGACCCCCUGCAGGGGACAGGAGGAGGGCUGGUCAUCACGAAGGACUGCCCUCCUUCAGUCACAGCGCCUCGAGGAUCUCCAGUCCACACGUGUGCUUACGCCUCAUCCUCUCAGGUGGCCCCAGCAACGCCCACAGAUGCCGAGGACUCCACACAGUUUGGUUUUGGGCCCUUCGAGCUGCCUCCCCAGUGGUUACCAGAGACGAGGAACAGCAAGAAGAGGCUGCUUCCGCCGCUGGGGAACACACCUGAGGAGCUGAUCCAGACUAAACUGCCCAAACCGAGACCGGAACGGAGGAUAAGCAGGAACAACAAGGUCAGCAUGAUCCCCGCUGUGGAUCCAUAAGCUAUUCCUGCUGGUUACUGAUCUGCAACACUGGACACAGCCUAUUUACAGAGAGGGGGCAGAAUAUUGAUGUGUUGAGCUGCUCAGGAGAUCGCGUUUACUUUAUUUAAACCUUUUUACCUUUCUUGAAACCUUCUAAUUUGCAGUGUUAGAAGUUCAGGUUUUCCAAUUAACUGAACAAAAUCUGGAAUUGUGCAGCUUUCCUAUUGGAAUCAAAUCAAUUUAAUGUUAAAUAUUUACAAUGAUGUAAGCUGUAUGUCUGCCCAGUUCAAUUUGGACUUUUCCACCUCCAUGAUUUAGGACUGCAUAAUUAAGGAGGAAGACAAGUUUGUUAAUUCCCCCCAUGUGAUCGAAGCUGGCAUCAGAAAUUAAACGAACACACUGUGCAAAUCUAAUUAUCCUGAAAGAUGCACUGAUUCGUUUCCAUAGCAAAUAAUGAACCUCCUAACAAAACCCUUUUGUAUAAAGGUUAUGCUGUGAUUGCACUCUGUAAAUGAACACAUCUCAGUGUUGGUCCAUUCAGUUUUGCCUGUGUGGGACUGUUUUUGUAACCACGUUUUGUCCUCAAAUGUUUGGGAUUGGAUCGCCCUUUGUUGGCCUUUUUCUCAAGUGUCAUUUUUGGAAUAUUCACAUUUCUUCUAAUGUGAUCAAUGUCAUCAUUUGUACGUUGAAUGUAAACUGGAUUUUAUGUGAUAAAAAAUGCAGAUGUACAGAAUGCCAAUACAUGUUUUAUAAAUGUG